AUGAAGCUACUAUUUCAUCAUGAACAUCGAAGAUGCAAUCAUGGUUGGCUAAAUGAGAUUGGCAAAGUUAAAAUAGACUCAAAGUUAAUAUACGAGAGGAAACUAGAAUAUUGGUCAUUGUAUGAGUACACAGAUAUCGAUCCCAGAGUUCGCAUCUUUCUUACAUGGUAUUCUUCCACAGUUAGUCAUGGAAACAUUGGAGACAAUGAUAUCAAUCGUCGCGCUCAAGCGCGUAUGAGAAAACAUAUUCAAAAUUUAGUGGAUGAAGUACAUAAAAAAACUGCAUUGUGGUUGACUAUGACUUUUGACAUAAUCGUGUUAGCAUACAGAUGUCUCAUAGACAAAAAAGAAAAAUUAAUAAUCAGGGCUGUUGGUGGUCAAACUAUAUCGUUGUUUUUGCAGAAUAUUGCAAAAUCGACAACAGUUUCAAAAAUGAGCGGACUUACCGCUUCCCUAAACACCGAACUCUUGCAGCUUUCAAAUGAAGCACGUAGGAAACACCCAGAAAUCAAGGAGGCAGCUGAGAGAUCCCUUAUAAUUUUAAGAAGACUACUCAAAGAGCUACCUGAGACCGAAAAUAAUAUAUCACAAGAACUUGCAAAAAACAAUGAUUUCCUGCGUCCGUUUAUCCUCGCAUGUGAGACUAAACACGUCAAAUUAAUAACGACCUCUAUAGGUUGCUUACAAAGACUUAUAUCGCACCAUGCGAUUCCAGAUUCUUCUGUGAAAACCAUUCUUAAAACUCUAAACGACAUUAUGUCACAAGGUGUGGAAAUUCAACUUAAAAUUCUUCAAACCGCGUUGUUGAUUUGUUUCCGACUUCAUGAUUCAAAGAUUGUAGUGGUUAAUAAUACAGCUGCCGCAACUUUACGUCAGUUAGUAAUUAACAUAUUUGAAAAGGUUCAAGAGGAGGAUGACAUCAAUAAUAAAGAUGGUUCAAUAAAGCCUACAUCUACCGCAGUAUCAAUUCAUGGGGAAGGCGUAAUUGCGCUUCGUCCUUGUGCAAGGGAUGCAUAUUAUCUUUUUCAAGAUAUGUGUUUAUUAACUAAUGGCGAAAAUCCUGUAUAUCUUAGAUUACAUGUUUUAUCAAGAACGUUCGGAUUAGAAUUAAUUGAAUCAGUAUUAACAAAUCAUUCUAGAUUAUUUAAACCGCACCCAGAGUUUUGUUCUCUGUUGCGAGAACGAGUAUGUCCAUUAAUUAUUAAAAAUUUCUCCGAUAAAUUUGAUUUCCCUACUACCAUGAGAUUAAUGAGAUUGCCAGAUAAUCCAUUGUGGCAACGCGUUAUAUCAAUGGAAAUGUUUCGUGGUAUAUGCGUUGAUCAAGCACUUUUGCGUUCUAUUUAUCAUUCGUAUGAUAAACAGAGUCAUUCAACGAAUGUAUUUCGUGAAAUGAUUAACGCCUUUGGAAAGUUAGCAGCAGAGAAACCACAAUUAUUAGGUGUUGGAAGUCAUUCGUUAGCUGGACAUUUACAUCAAGGAAGAGAUAGUCUAGAAAUGACUGGUGUUAUGGGAGGUGUCGGACAAGUGGACAUACCUGGAUUAACCACCUCAACUUCAAUAAUGAAGGUUCAAUGUUUCGAUCAAUUAGAUAAAGUUGAUCCUCCACCAAUUCCAGAAACAUACAUAUAUUAUCUUGCUCUCUUUUGUCUUAAUUCAGUAGCUGAUGGAUUACACAGUUUUGUUUUGAAUAUAUUGUCGGAGGUAAUUCAUAAACAAAAGUCUGAAAAUCUCGAUUCUCCUCCUCAAUCCCCUACAUAUAAACAAUCCGCGAUCCUCGGUACCACUACGUUGCAGCAAUUGGAAUCGCAUCCAUUAUAUAACGAUAUAUUACUUGUUACCGAUAUGGCUAAUACUGCCUGGCCAGGUUUGCUUGCUGCGCAAUCCUUUUUCCUCACAGCAAAUCUUGAUGAGGAAUUGUUCCAAGGAGUUUUACGAGCUUAUCAGAACUUUACGAUCGUAUGUGGCGUACUUCAAUUGACCACGCCCCGUGAUGCUUUUUUGACAAGUUUAUGUAAAGGAGCUGUUCCGCCCAGCGUAAUUGCUGCAUCUUUGGCAGAAAGUAAAGCAGUUCAUAGUGGUAGUUUAAGUACCUCGGGAGGUGAAGGCAUGCAAGUUGUUACAUUAUCAGAUGGAAAUUUAUCUUGUUUGAAAAUAUUAUUGAAUAUUGCACAGUAUCUUGGUGGAGUUUUGGGUGAUUCUUGGUAUCUGGUUUUGGAAACUCUUCAAUUAGCGGAUUUCAUACUUUUUCCUAAACAUGCUAGAGGUGUUUCGAGAAAUCCACGUAGAAUAGGUUUGCAAAAUGCUGCAUCUAAUUCUGUAACUUCAUUGCCUAUCUCUCAAACUGCCGGAAGUUCUUCAUCUUCAAUUCAACAAAUAUCUUCCAUUCCACCAAGCAUAAAAAGAACCUAUUCAUCCAGUUCAACAAAUCAAGCGAGUUUACCUGGUCCUACAUCACCUCAACAAUCUCAACAAUCAGCAAUUGAUAAUGAUUUAAACAUUUUGUUAAUACAAAUUAGAAAAUUAUUUGAUAAUUGUAAAUAUCUUGACGAUAAUGCUUUACAGGCCUUUACUAGAGCUUUGUGCAAAUUAAACGCUUAUACAAUUGGUAUCCCAUUGGACAGUGAGAAUUUAGUAGUGGGUCACGAUCAUGUAUCGAUGGAGGGUAAGGUAACCAAAUCUACUCCGCUAAAUGCUAUGAGAGUAAAUAGAUCAGAUGAAAAAUCCUUUGCUAUCAACAAACUUCAAUUAGUUGCAUUAAUUAACAUGCCCAGGUUGAUAGCAUGUGAACCCUCUCUAUUAUGGGAUUUGAUAAUAUCUCAUCUUAUUAAAACUGCGAAUUACGUAUCUACUCCACAACCAAUUCGCACGCAUGCUUGUGAGACAAUAGCAGACAUUGUCACUCAGGCAAUGGGUUAUGCAAGUUCCGAUCAUAUGGAAAUUGAUGAACGUUUGCAAAUGCAAUUGCUCACUUCGUUGAGUCAAUUAGUAAAUAAUUCCGAAAAGAACACUCAAGAAAUAGGUAAAGGAUUUCAUGUGGAAGUCCGAAAAAUGGGACUUGAGACGUUAAAUAAAUUAUUACAAACAUCGGGCCAUUCAUUUACAUAUGGUUGGAGCAUGAUAUUUGAUAUGAUUAGAAGCGUAUGUGUUAUAUCGUUUUCUAAUGAAUCUGGUGAAGAUGAAGUGGAUGUAUCGAGUGUCGAUAAUUCAAACGUUAUCGAUACACCAUCUUUUGGCGUUUCAAAUACAAAAACUUCUGGUUUAGUCCGUGUAGCAUUUCCUUGUUUGCAGCUUAUAUGUUCAGAUUUCUUGUCCUUAUUAUCGCCAGAGUGUUUGAAACAAUGUAUCAAUACGUUGGGCGCAUUUGGUUUACAAAUGGAUGAUCUGAAUAUCAGUUUGACUGCAAUUGGUUUAUUAUGGAACGUCUCAGAUUUUAUACAAACAGAAUUAGAAAAGAACUUUAAAACUUUUGUUGAUGAAAGACCAGAAAAUAUUGAAAAAGAUAUUACUGUGGAACAAGAAAUCGAUCAAAUUAUUCAAAGUGAUUUGAAACCUCAAGCAAUGAAUGCUCUAUGGAUGCUGUUAUUAUUACAACUUUCAAAGAUUUGCUCAGAUAUUAGGCCUGAAGUGAGAAACGGAGCAAAUCAAACUUUAUUCCGUACAAUUGACAUGAAUGGCGCUGUAUUGAAAACCCAAACUUGGCACACUUGCAUUUGGAAAGUUCUGUUUCCUUUAUUAGAUUCUGUGAAACUUGCUUCAGAAAGAGCAGUUAAGGCAAUGCAACAACAGCAACUCAAUGCAAGUGCCGAAAAACUUUCUUCCCCAAUAAAAGAAAUCAAUGUCUUCAUGAUCCAUCAUUCUAGAAAUACUAUUGAUAAACAGUGGGAUGAAACGAAAGUUUUAGUAUUAAUUGGGAUAUCGGGCAUAUUUAAAAACUUUAUACAUUUUCUGAUAAAUCUGGAUAAUUUUGAACAAGCAUGGGGAUUGUUGUUGUCGCAUUUGCAAGAUUCUUGUUUAAACUCAAGUCAUGAAGUUGCUAUCGCUGCGAUAAAAUCUUUAAAUGCAAUAAUUCAAUUCCCUAAUGAUGACGUUCAUACAGAAGAACUGAAAGAAAAGAUUUUACCAUUAUGGCAAACUGCUUGGAUUAUCUGGGAAAGAAUUGGAUUGGGUAUGAUAACAAUGUCGGAUUCAAUUCUACGUGAGAGUUCCUCCCCAGCUGAGACAACAAAUAUUGGACAAACACAAUUUACUCAAGAUACUUUAACUGCUUACGUUGUAACUUUUGGUGACCUUUAUCAUAUCAUCCACUCCAAUUUUCAAAUAGAUGAAAUAAAAAGGUUACUUAAAGUCAUUAAAGGAAUAUUGACAUAUUCCAAUAGUCCUUCUUAUAGGCCAGAUUGUGAUUAUCUUACUCCAUUACAAGAAGCCGUAUUAGAUAUUGUUUCUAGAAUUGACCUGAGUGUCUCCGGUGCUCCUGCUGCAGUUUUAUGUGAAUUUGCAGAUUAUAUAAAUUUAGCUUUUACAAAAAAACGACGAGACGAAGAGGCCAUUAAGGAACAAAAAUCUAAAGAUAAUCACAUUGGUUUGACUCACCAGCAGAAAUCUAUUAGCAAUACAACUUCAACUAAAGGAGAAAAUGGUGGCGUUGCCAUGUCUAAUAAUAAAUCUUAUUCGACAGUUACUUAUAUUGUCUUUUCAAAAACCUCCAUGCGUAAAGUAGAGGAAAUGUUCAAAAAUUUUGUAAAUGAUCAAGGAGUGUAUUCUGAACGGGUUUUCGCAAGCAUCAUAAAGUCAUACGGAGUUCCUAUGAAGUUGAAAUAUGAUUGCCCUCCAUCAGGAAAACACGUAGAAGAUAUCGAACUUUGGAAAAUUGCAACAACAGCUUUCCUAGAAAUUGUAAAAAACGGGUUGAUUGCACUCGAGAACUUUGGUGAUGCAAUCUCAGAUGAAUGUUUCGUCGAUAUAUGGAAACAAUUGACGAAAGUUCUUCAUGGUGCACUUAUUUCUAACAGUAAACCUUCAACAUCUAUUAAGAUCGAUCAACAAGAUACCGAUGAAGCAUUUGAUAUGAAAUUUUUAUUUCGAUUACAAUCAGACGUAAUGAUUCAUAUGGGUCGCCCUCGUGUGCCACAAAAUCUUAUAAUGGACUUGAUAAAAACUAUUCAAGAAGGAUCACAGCUGUACUCAUCUGACGUGGAAAGACAGGGAGUUAUGAAUGGUUAUUUAGAUAAACCAUUACCGGUACCGGUACCAAAUGGUGCAUCAUCUCAUCAAAAAAAAUCUAAACCUCCGGAAAAAUUGUCUGAAAAAGUUGAAGGUGUAACUGCAAAAAUCAUACCUGUAGCUAAGGAAAGAUUUGCAUAUGCUUGUUUACAAUGUUUAUUUGAUUUAUGUUCUGAAGAUCAGACUGGUGACGAAGAAAUAAAGCAUAGAAUAGCAGAAGUUGCCGCUCCUAUUUUAUUAGAGCGAUGUGCUUCUGUAAUACGUAAUUAUACAGCAGAUCAACCUUUACUCGGGAAAGUACCGUUUCCAAGCCUUUCUUCCAGGGUACGAAAUGACGAAAUCUUAUUAAUUCUGCAACAAUUGUUGAAGUUGAAAUUUCGCCGGAAUAUUUUACACGUCAGCGAGGAAAAUACAAAAUCUAAUUCAUUGAAAAAACAAAUUUUAUCUGGACCUAUUGCUCACCUAUUUUAUUUAUAUCCCGUUAUAUGUGAAGCAAUUAACUUACCAGAUGAGACUAUUGGGAUUUUAUUAAAGGAAUGUUUAAGAAAAGUUGGUGAUGAAUUGGGAGUUUGCUAA